AUGGCUACCAGAGGCUUCAGUGAAGAAGAGCUACUUGGAAUUGGAGGAUUUGGAAGAGUAUACAAAGGAAAAUUACGAAUUUCAAAGACUGAAAUUGCAGUCAAAAGAAUUUCUCAUGACUCAAAACAGGGAAUGAGAGAAUUUGUUUCUGAAAUUGUCAGCACUUGACAGCUUAGUCACAUAAACUUGGUUCAGCUACUCGGCUACUACCGGCCAAAAGGGGAACUCUUUCUAGUGUAUGAGUUCAUGUCGAAUGGAAGCCUCGAUAAGUUUAUCUAUGACGAAACAGGAAAGAAGAAACUUAAUUGGAACCAGAGAUUAAGUAUCAUUAAAGGCGUGGCUUCUGCACUACUCUACAUACAUGAGGAGUUCGAACAAGUUGUGAUUCACAGAGAUGUGAAAGCCAGUAAUGUGUUGCUUGAUGAAGAACUGAAUGCAAAACUAGGAGAUUUUAGACUAUCAAGAUUGUAUGAUCAUGGAAGUGAUUCUAAGACAACUCGUAUAGUUGGAACUAUGGGUUAUAUUGCUCCUGAACUGAACAAAACUGGAAAAGUGAGUACUUGCACUGAUGUCUAUGCAUUUGGGUUCCUGUUGCUUGAAGUUGUAUGUGGGAGAAGAUCAUUAAUCCUACAAGAAGACUAUUCAAAUUCUAUUAAUUUGGUCGAUUAUUUGCAUAAAAGUUUGAGAAGAAGAACAAUUAUGGAGAGUUGGAGUGCUGAAGCUGGAAGUAACAGCAAGCCUGAAGAAAUUGAGCUUGUAUUGAGGCUUGGAUUGCUUUGCUCACAUCAUUCAGAUAAAGUUAGGCCAAAUAUGCGACAGGAAAUACAAAUUUUAGAGGGUGACCUUCUAAUGCCCGAGGUAUCAGAUGUUAGUUCAAAUCUGUAG